ACAAGCACGUCGUCGAUCGCCGCUCUAUAAACCUCGAGCUCGGGCAGAGGAGAAAGCGGGCCAUUUGCUCGCAUCCGAUCUCCAUCCUCAGGCGAGCUAGAUCUCGAGAUCCACAGCUCUAAGAAGAUGGCCGGCAGCGACACCUUCCUGUUCACCUCCGAAUCCGUGAACGAGGGGCACCCCGACAAGCUCUGUGAUCAGGUAUCUGAUGCCGUACUUGACGCCUGUCUGGAACAGGAUCCCGACAGCAAGGUCGCCUGCGAGACCUGUACCAAGACCAACAUGGUCAUGGUCUUCGGGGAGAUCACCACCAAGGCCAACGUUGACUACGAGAAGAUCGUCCGCGAGACUUGCCGCAACAUCGGGUUCGUCUCCGAUGAAGUCGGCCUCGACGCAGACCGCUGCAAGGUGCUCGUCAACAUCGAGCAGCAGUCUCCCGACAUCGCCCAGGGCGUCCAUGGCCACUUCACCAAGCGCCCCGAGGAGAUCGGUGCCGGCGACCAGGGUCACAUGUUUGGGUACGCGACCGACGAGACUCCUGAGCUGAUGCCUCUCAGUCACGUCCUCGCCACCAAGCUCGGCGCGCGCCUGACCGAGGUCCGCAAGAACGGCACCUGCCCCUGGGUGCGCCCCGACGGCAAGACCCAGGUGACCGUGGAGUACAGCAAUGACCACGGCGCCAUGGUCCCCGUCCGCGUCCACACCGUCCUCAUCUCCACCCAGCACGAUGAGACCGUCAGUAACGACGAGAUCGCCGCCGACCUCAAGGAACACGUCAUUAAGCCGGUUAUCCCUGAGAAGUACAUCGACGAGAAGACCAUAUUCCACCUCAACCCAUCCGGCCGCUUCGUCAUCGGCGGCCCUCAUGGCGACGCUGGGCUCACCGGCCGCAAAAUCAUCAUCGACACCUACGGUGGGUGGGGAGCACACGGCGGUGGUGCCUUCUCUGGGAAGGAUCCCACCAAGGUGGACCGCAGUGGUGCUUACAUUGUGAGGCAGGCAGCCAAGAGCAUCGUGGCCAGUGGGCUCGCCCGCCGCUGCAUUGUGCAGGUGUCCUACGCCAUUGGCGUCCCUGAGCCACUGUCAGUGUUCGUGGAGACCUAUGGCACGGGCAAGAUCCCAGACAAGGAGAUCCUGAGGAUUGUGAAGGAGAACUUCGACUUCAGGCCUGGGAUGAUCACCAUCAACCUGGACCUGAAAAGGGGAGGGAAUGGCAGGUUCCUUAAGACUGCUGCUUAUGGGCAUUUUGGCAGGGAUGACCCAGACUUCACCUGGGAGGUUGUCAAGCCCCUCAAGUGGGAGAAACCUGCAGCCUAGGCUUCAUCCACCUAUCUUAAUGGUGAUAGAACUACAUUAUUUCCACCUACUUAUCAUGUUCUGGUUGAUCUUAUGAGCUGAGAAGACCAAGUAGAGAACUUUCGAAGCAUUAAGUUACCAUUUUCUUUCUAGAGUCAAAAUUAAGAAGAAAACUAUUGCUAUUAUGUUUUGUAAGUUUGAAGCAUCAAUUCAGAAUUUGCUGUUAUUGAUCCAUAUUCUAUUAAUCUGGUUUUA